AUUCGCACUUCUUCAAACCCGAAGCGUGGCGCCCAUAGUUACACAGAUUUUAACAAUAAGAAAAGGAAGAGUUUGCGCGGACCUUCCUUCUGCCAGAUGGAGUUUCAGCGCUGUGUGACUGGUGAGGCAAGGUGAUAGUAGGACCUUUUAUGGUUUCGAGCACACAGAAGGAUUGUAAAACCACCAGCGUGGAGAAAAGAUGGCAUCGAAUGAAUCUGGAGCUACCCAAUACGAGGACCUCUUUGAUCAUAAGAAGCCGGUCAAGAAUCCAUUGGUUCCGAUUGGUGCCCUCUUAACUGCUGGGGUUCUAACAGCUGGUUUGAUUAGUUUCCGACAAGGAAAUUCUCAGCUUGGUCAGAAGCUAAUGCGAGCACGUGUGGUUGCCCAGGGUGCUACUGUUGCUCUAAUGUUUGGUACUGCAUACUACUAUGGAGAUAAGUUGUAAUCUUUCUGAUACUGGAAGAGUUGGUGUUCACGUUAUUCAGUUUUCUUGAGAUGUCAAGAUUGAAACUGAUCAUCAAUGUCUGUAACAAAUAAUCUUCUUAGAGGAAAACUCCAAAAAACGAAUCUCUGCAGUGAGGAUAUCAUCUUUUUUUUUUCCAUAAAUAGAGCUGCCACUGUUGGGUUGAGAGACCUCGCCUGCUGGUUUAACCUGCUGUAGCUGCUGCUUAGCUCCAGAAUCCUUCGCCCUUCCAAGCCUGUGGGUGUCAGUCCUCCAGGACGCCACAGUCGCAAAGAUUCCAAGGGAAAAAAGUAAUCGAUUUAUUUUUUUCUUGUUGGCUCAUUCAGCCAGGUGACUAAUCAGUAUGUGGAUGGCCAAUCCAUUAAAAUGAUGGUUUUGUGCUA